UGAAAUUGAAGCGGGCGAAGGCGGAAGCGAAGAGGAAAGAAUCCAUAAACAAAAUAACUGUCUUUAGUGGUACAGUUUAGUUCAGAUGAGGUGCCCUCUACUUUUAAAGAGUAUGCUGCAGUGUACUUGAAUUGUUUUUAGUCUAUUUUUAAAUGCUGAUGAGAGAUCGGACUGUGUACAAUUACGGUUGGCGAGCUAAUCUUGAGCGGUUUAAGGAAUAACAUCACAAUGUCUAUAUUUAGCGUACAGGCAAGAAAGCAUACAGCGUAUUAUGACCAUCUAAUGUCAGUAUCGACGUCCAGGACACCCACCGGCAGAGACCGCCUGGGAGAUCUAAAGGUACCAGACACAUCUUUAGGAAAAAGUGGGAUAUCAGGCGCAGAAUCUGCGGCUGAAGACAGCAGGAUAUCUGACAAAAGCCGUCAGGUAAACAGGACUUAUGUCAUCUCUGCGCUGUCAAUGAGCGGCGGCGGGCAGCAGACGCCUUACCGAAGCAGACUCACUCUACAGAGGAGGUCAAGGAGGAAGAGCGGUGCCGAGAAAUCGUUGACUGAAAGAAGCCAGAACAGCACUCCUGCCCCGGAGAAGAGACUGACUCUGCAGCGCAGGACCAGGACUCCCUCCAUGGAUAAAAGCGUGCGUGGACAGCGUGGGGUCAGCGGUAAUGCUGGCCCACAGCCAACACCAAAAGUCCUCAGUGAACCAAACGGCAGGGCGAGUUUAUUUAGGUCGGCAAGUUUAAGAGAAACUACAUCCAAAAUAAAUGGAUCAGACGCCGUAACUCAUGGGGCGCACGCCAAGACGCCUCCGUUUUCUUCCAAGCAUCUAGAUGGCUCGGCUCAUACAUUUAAAACUCCCACCAGAAGGACCCCGUUUGAGAAAAUCGCCGCUAAAAGAGAGGUUUUCGAGAGACUGGCUUGCAAAGAAGCACCCAAACGGGUUGCUGUUAAAUCUGCAAAUCUGGAAAAGCCCAAGUCCAAAGCUCAGAGAGCAGAAAACGCAAAACCAAUCCCAACUCCCAGGGUCAGCAAGGCAUCCUCAGGUGUGCUUAAGGACCACGCUGCUGUGCAGGAGAGAAAGCCAACCACCGCAAAUCAACAUGGGGACGUCACUUUCACAAGGAUGUCCCCCCCAGCCCCUGCUGAGCAACCCCUGAACCAUCCCUGUGAGGCUAAGGCUCAGCAGGAUUCAUUUAAGAUGGAGAACAGUGCAGUGACUGUGGCUGUCCGGGUCCGACCUUUCAGUGCCAGGGAAAAGGCGGAAAAGGCAUCGCAGGUCAUCUUUAUGACUGGCCAGGAGACACACGUCCAGCAUCCAGAGUCCAAGCAGAGCUACUCCUUCACAUACGACUUCUCUUUCUGCUCAGUGGAUGGCAAUGAGCCCACCUUUGCCAGCCAGAAAACAGUCUAUGAGACCCUUGCCAGACCUUUGCUACAGAGAGCCUUUGAAGGAUUUAACACCUGCUUGUUUGCCUACGGCCAGACGGGCUCUGGUAAAUCAUACACGAUGAUGGGCUUUGAGGAGGAGGCUGGGGUCAUCCCACGAUUCUGCCUGGAGCUUUUUAUGAAACUGGCCUCAAUGGAAGACGAAGAGGUGAAAUGUCACGUAGAGAUGAGCUACUUUGAAGUGUAUAAUGAGAAGAUUCAUGAUCUGCUGGUCACAAGGGAGGAACCAAACCAAAGGAAGAUGCCGCUGAGGGUCAGGGAGCAUCCGGUCUAUGGUCCUUAUGUUGCUGAGCUCUCUGCGAAUGUGGUGAGCUCUUACAGUGACAUUCAGUGCUGGCUGGAGCUUGGUAAUAAGCAGAGGGCCACCGCUGCUACAGGAAUGAAUGACAAAAGCUCCAGAUCUCACUCUGUCUUCACCCUGGUUAUGACCCAGACUAAGACUGAGUUUGUGGAGGGAGAGGAACAUGACCACAGCAUCACCAGCAGGAUUAACUUGGUCGACCUUGCAGGCAGCGAGCGCAGCAGCACAGCCCAGACGAGUGGAGACAGACUCAGGGAGGGUGCCAGCAUCAACAAAUCCCUGCUAACACUUGGAAAGGUCAUCUCAGCUCUAUCAGAACAGGUGCUCACCAGGAAGAAGGUCUUUAUACCAUACAGAGAAUCUGUCCUCACAUGGCUGUUGAAGGAGAGCCUUGGAGGUAACUCCAAGACGGCCAUGAUCGCCACCGUGAGCCCGGCGGGCAGCAACGUGGAGGAGAGCCUGAGCACGCUGCGCUACGCUCAGCAGGCCCGCACAAUCAUUAAUGUGGCCAAGGUCAAUGAAGACACCAGCGCCAAGCUCAUCAGAGAGCUGAAGGCAGAGGUGGAGAAACUGCGGGCGGCCCAGACGAGUUCCCAGGGCGUUGAACCAGAGAGAGUCAGGCUGUUCCAGCAGGAGAUCAGCACCUUGAAGAACAAACUCUGUCAACAAGAGAGAGAGAUGGUUGAGGCCAACCGCGCAUGGAGAGAGAAGCUUGAGCAAGCAGAAAUACGUAAACGCGAAGAGACCAAAGAGCUACAGAAAGCCGGUGUGACAUUCAAAGUGGACAACCGUCUUCCCAACCUGGUAAACCUGAACGAGGACCCUCAGCUCUCUGAGAUGCUGCUCUACAUGAUCAAAGAGGGCCAAACCACCGUGGGGAAGCUCAAACCGGACUCCAGUCACGACAUUCAGCUCACCGGAACCCUCAUUGCGGAUCGGCACUGUGUCAUAUCCAACAUCAACAAUACUGUCAGCAUCAUCCCUAUGGAUAAUGCUAAGACCUUUGUCAAUGGAAACCUCAUCUCUGAAUCUACUGUCCUACACCAUGGUGACAGAGUUAUCCUCGGUGGGGACCACUACUUCCGCUUUAAUCAUCCAGCAGAGGUGCAGUCUGGAAAGCGAGUAUCUUGCUGGACUGGAGAUGGCGAUGGACAAAAAGACUUUGAAUUUGCUAAGAAUGAGUUACUCGCAGCUCAACGAGCGAUGCUGGAGGCAGAAAUCGAAGAAGCUCAUUUAAAGGCAAAACAGGAGAUGAUGCAGGGAAUUCAGAUGGCAAAAGAGGUGGCUCAAAAAGAGCUCUCUGACCAGAAGGUCCUUUAUGAAAAUAGGAUCCAAGCCUUGGAGAGAGAACUAAACGAGGAAAACGAGAGAAAGCUUCAGCAAGAGAUGGAUCAGCAGAGGGUGGCUAGCCAGAUGGCAGAACUCAAGAUGGCCAAGCUGGAGUUGGAGAAGGAGGUGGACUCCCAGAAGAGACGCCUCCGUCUCCACAUGGAAGCUCAGGCUAUGGAAGAACAAAGAAUUUGCCAAGCAAAGAUUGUGGAGGCCCUGGAGGCAGAGAAGAGGAAGAUCAGUAAGGAGCUGGAAGAGAUUCAGAAGAAAAGGGCUCUUAGGGAGAAACAAACAUCCAGAAGUGAUACUCCACAGUGGGAUGCCAUGAAGCUGUCCUUGAUGAUUGAGGAGGCCAAUAAAAUCAGUGUCAAACUGAAGAAACACACUCUAUUCAGCAGACAUGAAAGCUCUGAGAUCGAGAACACCCAGCAAGGUGGGAUUCAAGUGCGAGUUCAAAACACAAAACUGGGAAUCUCCACUUUCUGGAGCCUGGAUAAGUUCCAGAACAAUAUGGCAGCAAUGAGAGAGCUUGAGCAGGGGGAUUCCACCUCUAAAGAUGACGAUGUGUUUUAUGACCCUGAUGAUGAGUGGGAGCAAGAUAUCUCAGCCUCCUCUGCUUCCACGUCCUCCUUUUCUCGCCGAAGGAGCAGAAGCCUUCUGAAAACCAAGAGAAUUUCUGGACGUUUGUAUGAAAUCCGGGUCCAUCCGAUUCAGAGCCUCACCAACUCCUCACAUUCUGCUGGGCUGAUGUGCGGAGCGGUCAGACCUCCCUCCAACCAUACAAGCACCACAGAACCAGCUGUUCCCCGCAUCUGCAAGGACUUGAUUGGCCGGUCUGUGUCUCGUCUGGGAAGCUGCAGCGAGACAGAGGAGACCUUGGCAGAUAGACUGAUGUCUGAUCUGAAUCUGGUUUACACAGCUGUCCAAACCAUAUCUGACUUGUAUGAAGGCCUAGAUGAUGACAGCCAGGACAGCGUGUUUGCGUGCAGCGUGGCGGCCCAGACUGAGCUGAUUAAGGCCACUACCGCGUUGGAAACUGCUGUGUUGGUUACCAUGCAGUGGCUGGCCAGUGUUACGCCCUCCUCUUGCUUGCUCUACACUAUUGCUGAAGAACUGAAAAGCCAAGUCAAGAAAAUGGGAGGCUUCUUCCAAAUGCUUAUUCAGGGUUGUGAAUCGGAGAUCACAUCGAUGGUGAAGGAAGCACGGAGGAAGAGCAGUCAGUGCUUGGAUUCGGCGAUCCUUGCGCUUGCCGAGCUGGCAGUGGUGACGGGCAUGCCGCUCAAUGUCAUGGUGGUUGGCAGUCAGGCCACAGGCAAGCAAUCAUGUUUAAGCUGUCUGCAAAGGGGAACCAGUAAGGGUGUGCGCUCUCUCCUGAAGGAAAGCCUUGCCAUCACCAGGGAAAUGCUCAGAGAUGCUCAGCUGGCCUAUCCCAGAAACCCGAUCCUCCAGAGCCUAAAAUCCAAAACUCUCGAUAUGUCUCGUGCCCUGCAGAGCUACAUUCAGUGUCAUAUUUCGGAGCAAGAAUAUGACAUAGAGGAGGUGCAGGAGGAGGAGGAAGACGCAGCCUUGCUCACUCAUUUAAGGAGGAUGAGAACGACGUCGACCAAAUUGUUCCAGCUAAACCAGGCCAUCCAAGAGAUGCACUCCUGUUUGUCUACAGCCCUGCGAGGUAAGGACAGAAAUCCUGACCUUAGCAGCUGCAGAGAGCUGGUCUCCUCUUCUACCAAGGCAGUUGAUGAGCUGGUCACUGGCCUGUUGAAGGAGGGAGCAGAGGCACCGUCCCUGCAGCUUUCCUGUCUUCAGACAGUCGUAUCUGCACGCGACGAGCUCCACUCCGCCCUGCUGUCCUUGUCCUCCUCCUUCUGGAGCCAACAGGGGGUUAGCGACAGCAGAUAUUCAGCCUGUUCAGACAAGAGUUUAGAAAAUAACGACUCCUCCUUCAAAGGGAGAGAGAAAACACACAGUGCUGUUAGAAAUAAAGUUGUGAGUAAAAUAGUGUACUCCCUCGCUCCAGGUGUGCCAUGCAGUGGCAGCCCACACUGGGUGUAAAGUCUCUUUGGGGUUUUUUAUCACAGCUUAUCAUUUUUGAAGAGUUUAUUGUAUAAAUAAAUUGUUGCCUUGAAGACAAAUAAAGAGUUAACCUGCUAGUAUUCAAUUAAUUGUAACAGUACCGGAAACAAUGAUUGUAAAAAAUACAUGCGUGUGGCAUCCACAAAUUGCAGGACAUUUACAAAAUCUUUCUUUGAAAUGGAAAAUAGUGUUGAAGUUUCUUUGAUUUCUCUUCUUGGUAUGGCAAAAACUCGCCCUCCAGUUUGAAUGUAUUUAAGGUAUAUAAACUGAAGCUAAAACCACAUUCAUGAAAGGAUAAAUUGUAAGUAAUUGAUGUUUGGACAAUAUUAGAAAAAAUAAGCCAUCAAGAAGGGAACGGUAUUCGGCAAACUCUCAUUUCAGGACUAUAUAUAUUUUUGAAGACGUGUAAUGUCUCGUUUCCAGGCAGCUCAGGUAUGCUAAUCUGGAAGAAAACCCGUACUUCCUGAUUUUUACACUUUUCUGUACACUGUUUUCUUUUCAAGGUAUAUUUAGUUUGCAUGAGUGUUUUGCUCCUGUAUAUUGUAUCCCUGCAAACGAUUUGCACUCAGACAACAUUUUUACAUUUUGGUUUUCUUCUUUCUUUCAUAUAUUUAUCUAAAUAAACUGCUGUUGUUACCUUUUUAUUGCUGUAGGAAAUCAUACAUCCACCUGCACAACUGCUAAGAAUCAUAUGGCUUGAUUUCACAAGGAUCCAGAUCUUUAGUUUUGGUUCACCAUACACUGCUGGUAAAGAGUGCACCCAUAGAAAGACUUACUUUUAGUGUUUAUAUUUACGCUAGCACUCAUGUGCUUUGUUCUUAGCUGAGCUUUUCAGUUACUGAAAAUGUAUACAAGCCUACAUUAUGUUUAUUUUGAUCUGUGUGUGGUAUUUGUACUUUUUAUAUUUAAAAAACACAAUAAACCAACUCUUCUCCACAA